UGUUGAUGAAGACAACAGCAACUAUGGUUGGAAAAUGUCGAAAGCAUUAGACGUCGUUGUUUAUUCCACCAUCCCCGCUGUCAUCCUCUUGCAUUUGCUAGCGGCGCCGUACACCAAAGUAGAAGAGUCAUUUCACUUGCAAGCCACUCAUGAUAUAUUGACAUAUGGCAUUCCUUCGCCUACUCUUGGCCACGAUGCGAUAGCCAAGAAAUUUGCAGAUCAAUAUGAUCAUUUCAGUUUCCCGGGCUCUGUUCCGCGAUCGUUCGUCGGAGCCCUUGCGCUCGCUACGGCAUCGAGGCCGGUUAUAUGGCUAGAUAGCGACGUCAACAGGCAGUUGCUAGCACGCGCGGUUCUUGGCUUUUUCAAUGCAUUCGCACUCCUGUUGUAUGCUCGAGGUCUACACGGGGCAUUUGGCAGGGCGACGGCGUAUUGGUUUUUGCUCUUCCAAGCAAGUCAAUUCCAUGUGGCUUAUUAUGCGUCCCGUACAUUGUCGAACAUGUUUGCCUUUGGGAUAACGACGAUCGCUUUGCGACUUCUCCUCCCUAGGCCCGGUGGUACUACAAUUAGCAAAACAUACCAGAGAUAUAAAAUGUCUUUAUCUCUCAUCACCAUCGCUGGGAUUAUAUUCCGCUCCGAACUCGCCGUCUUCCUAGCAACAACCACUAUUUUCCUCCUCCUAACCAAUCGUGUCCGAAUCUUCAACGACAUAAUCCCUGCUGGCAUUGUCGGCUUGCUUGUCGGGUUAAGCACGACAGUCGUCAUUGAUUCUUAUUUCUGGCAAAGCUUUCCCCUCUGGCCGGAAUUUUCUGCCUUUAAAUUCAAUGUUAUAUCCGGUGAAGCUUCGGCUUGGGGGACUAGCCCCUGGUAUUUCUACUUUGUCGAUGCUAUCCCGCGUCUCUUGAUGAACCCAUUGAUUUGGAUAGUCGGUAUCCCAGUUUCGCUCUGGUCAGAUGCGACGAGACGAGCGUCAAUUGCAUUACUACUUCCAUCACUAGCCUUCGUCGGAAUAUACAGCGUGCUUCCGCACAAGGAAUGGCGCUUUAUUAUUUACAUCAUCCCACCAUUAACCGCGGCAGGCGCUCAGGGGGCGGGAUAUAUCUGGACACGACGAACAAAAUCAAUCAUCUACCGUGCCUUGUCACUAGUCCUAGCACUCUCCACACUUGCAUCAUUCCUCAUUUCGACAAUCAUCUACCUACCCGUCUCGUCAGCGAACUACCCCGGAGCGCACGCCUUGAAAAAAGUGCAUCUACACGGCCAUGCCACUCAGCCCCGCAUUGUUCUACACAUGGGUAAUCUCGCCUGUCAAACGGGCGUUACCAGAUUCCUACAACUCGACCACUCAACGUUCCCGCAAACAUUAUGGGUAUAUGACAAGACCGAAAACGAAACCGUCAAAUCCACACCUGAAUUCUGGAGAGGCAUUGACUACGCUCUCAUCGAGGACAUUUCCGAAAUCAAGAGACCCCCCUCUUCAUCGGGAGAUGAGGAUACGUGGAAACCCAUCGAAACAAUCGCCGGUUUCUCCGGUUUCCGUAUCUUACGAUCCGGCGACAUUGCCGAAGGCCAUAUCGAGACAGACAUCAUCCGAGAAAUAAUGGGAGAAAGGGGGGUUAUUUUGUUUGAAACGUUGAGGGAUGAGAUAAUCAGAAAGUAUUUGACGAGGGGAUUAUGGGUGGAGUUUAGAAUGGUGCCGAAAAUCUGGAUUAUGAAGAACUUUAGGGCUAGUUAUAAGGGUAGUGAGGUUGAUGGCAGUGUAGUAUAGGUUUACUAUUUUGUAGGCGAUGGCUGGUGUAUAUAUAUACGCCAUAUCUACCCAAUACACACACUCUCUCGAGCUGUUCAAAAGUUCAUCCCAUUGUAUA